AUGCUUUAAAAGAUCAUUUUUGCUGAAAAAGUAUCUUUCUGUUGCAAUAUAUUGUGUUAAUUCUUUCUACUAUUGUAUAUAUAAGGACUAAGAUCAUUCACUUAGAUUCGAUACACUGUGUAAUAACAAACAAAGAAAUCGAAAGACAAUGGACAGUAGUUACCUCACGUUUUUUUAUAGUUGUUGUUUACUUGGACUUGUAUUAAAUAGUCCGAUAGUCACCACCGAAAAAUAUGAUUUGGGGCCCGAACAGAAUCAGAUGAACAAUUUGACUGCUAUGGACACUAUUGUUUCUGAAGUUAUGACUCAAUUUGUUCUUCUGGAGAACUGGAGUAGGCGUUGUAAUAUAUCACAAACCAGUCUCACCGACUUCAACAUUGUUUGUUUUAUAAAAGGUAACUCUAAUUUAAAGUUCGCAGAUUUUAGAAAUUUCACAUCUCGGUUAUCAUCAAAUAUUAAAUUGGACUUGUUUGUCAUUUGUGAUAAUGGUCAAAUACGCUUUCCUUGGCCGUUUAGAGUGGAUAAACUAAAUAGAAUUAACAUUAAACACUGUAUUAUUAAGGAUUACCUUACUGAAUUUAAGAAUUCACUAAUAGACAGCAUUCCUGAUACAAUAAAAUAUCUGCAAAUAGAAAACGUCACUCUUAUUCAUAAUGUUAGAGACUUAUAUGAUUCACUGUCAAAAGCUAAUUCCUCUCUAACAAAAGCUGCAGAAUGCGGACCUGAAAAUGCUUUUUCUAUAAUCCAGAGAGGGACUAAGGAUGAAUUUGAAGAUAUGCACACCGCAUCUCAUUUUACCGACUUCUUCGACGUUCUAACAGAUCAUAGCCAUUAUUUUAACAUUCAAAAGAGAACCUGUAUGUACAAUAACCUCGAGGUUUUCGAAUUAAGUGGUAUGCAGAGCUUGGAGAAGAGUUCUAUCGAUAAGAUUGUUUAUACAGACAUUGCUGAUAAUCUCAAAACUUUAAACUUUUCUGGUAAUGGUAUAUAUUACAGCCUACAUAAACUACAAGGCUGGAGACUACGGUUCCCGAUGUUGGAAUAUUUAGACUUUUCCGACAAUAAUAUAAAGUCCCUUCCAUUGAUACGAGAUUACGGAAGGACCAUAAAAGGGAUAAAGUCAGUAGGGAUAAUAAACUUAAGGCGCAAUAAAAUAACAUCAUUGACAAAAAGUAUUAUUGACUCGUUCUCAACUUACAAGUUUGUUAAAGUCGACAUCAGUGAAAAUCCGUUCUUAUGUGAUUGUAGUACAAUUGAAGCUAUAGAAUACCUAUCUUCAAAGACUAUGCCAAAAGCUUAUGAUUAUCUCGGGUCGCUAGAGUGUGCAAACCCAACACACGUCCGUGGACGUCAGCUAAUAGCAUUAACGAUGUUAGAGAAAGAUGCUAACUGGGUCAUGCGCACAGCUUAA